AUGUGUAACGUUACUGUUGGCCGCAUCCUGAUAAAGCGAGCUGGACACACCGACAACUGCUUCCCUUACCACUGCUGCACCGUCAACUGCUGCUCCGACAACUGCUGCCCCUACCACUGCUGCACCUUCAACUGCAUCACACACAGCUGCCGCACAUACAACGGUAGCACCUACAACUGCUGUACCAACGACAGCUGCACCUACAACAGCUGCACAGACUACUGCAGCACCUUCAACUGCAGUCACGACCACUGCUGCACCUUCAACUUCUGCUCCGACUACUGCAGCACCUACAACAGCUGCACAGACAACUGCUGCCCCUACAUCUGCUGCACCGUCAACUGCAGCCCCUACAAAUGUAGCACCGACAACUGCUGCCCCUACCACUGCUGCACCUGCCGCACCUGCAACUGCUGCACCAACAGCAGUUGCACCUACAACAGCUGCACUAACAACUGCAUCCCCUACCACUGCUGCCCCUUCAACUGUCGCUCCAACAACUGCAGCCCCUACAACUGUAGCACCUUCAACUGCUGCUCCAACAACUGCAACCCCUACAACUGUAGCACCGACAAGUGUUGCCCCUACCACUGCGGCACCGUCAACUGCUGCUCCGACAACUGCAGCCCCUACAACUGUAGCACCUUCAACUGCUGCUCUGACUACUGCAGCACUUGCACGUACAACAGCUGCACCGGCAACAGCAUCCCCUACCACUGUUGCACCAUCAACUGCUGCUCCAACAACUGCAGCCCCUACAACUGUAGCACCUUCAACUGCUGCUCCAACAACUGUAGCCCCUACAACUGUAGCACCGACAACUGUUGCACCUACUACUGCGGCACCUUCAACUGCUGCACCAACGACAGCUGCACCUUCAACUUUUGCAUCUACAACUACUGCACCGACAACUGCUGCCCCUACCACUGCUGCACCUUCAACUGCCGCUCCGACAACUGUUGCACCUACAACUGCAUCACACACAACUGCCGCACAUACAACGGUAGCACCUACAACUGCUGUACCAACGACAGCUGCACCUACAACAGCUGCAGAGACUACUGCAGCACCUUCAACUGCUGCACCUACGACUUCAGCACCUACGACUGCGUCACCCACAACUGCAUCCCCUACCACUGCUACUACUGCAGCACCUUCAACUGCUGUACCUACAACUUCAGCACCUACGACUGCGUCACCCACAACUGCUGCACCUACAACGAUAGCUCCUACAACUGUAGCACCGACAACUGCUUCACCUACCACUGCUGUACCGUCAACUGCUGCUCCGACUACUGCAGCACCUACCACUGCAGCACGUGGAACAGCUGCACAAACAACGAUGGCUCCCACAACUGCAGCACCGACAAAUGCGGCACCUACAACAUCUGCACAAACAACUAUUGCUCCCACAACUGCCGCACCUACAACUGCUGCACCAACAACAGUUGCACCUGCACAGACUACAGCAGUCCCUACAACUGCUGCACCGACAACUGCACCCCCUACCACUGCUGCACCAUCAACUGCCGCACCAACAACUGCAGCCCCUACAACUGUAGCACAGACAACUGCCUCCCCUACCACUGCUGCACCGUCAACUGCUGCUCCAACAACUGCAGCCCCUACAACUGUAGUACCGACAACUGUUGCCCCUACCACUGCGGCACCUACAACUGCUACACCAACGACAGCUGCACCUUCAACUGCUGCACCUACAACUGCUGCACCGACAACUGCUGCCCCUACCACUGCUGCACCUUCAACUACUACAGCAGUCCCUACAACUGCUGCACCGACAACUGCACCCCCUACCACUGCUGCACCAUCAACUGCCGCACCAACAACUGCAGCCCCUACAACUGUAGCACAGACAACUGCCUCCCCUACCACUGCUGCACCGUCAACUGCUGCUCCAACAACUGCAGCCCCUACAACUGUAGUACCGACAACUGUUGCCCCUACCAGUGCGGCACCUUCAACUGCUGCACCAACGACAGCUGCACCUUCAACUGCUGCACCUACAGCUGCUGCACCGACAACUGCUGCCCCUACCACUGCUGCACCUUCUACUGCUGCUCCGACAACUGUUGCACCUACAACUGCAUCACACACAAUUGCCGCACAUACAACGGUAGCACCUACAACUGCUGUUCCAACGACAGCUGCACAGACUACUGCAGCACCUUCAACUGCUGCACCUACAACUUCAGCACCUACGACUGCGUCACCCACAACUGCCGCACCUACAACGCAGCACCUACAACAGCUGCUCAGACAACUGCUGCCCCUACCACUGCUGCACCGUCAACUGCUGCUCCAACAACUACAGCCCCUACAAAUGUAGCACCGACAACUGCUGCCCCUACCACUGCUGCACCCACCGACAACUGCUUCCCCUACAACUACUGCACCGUCAACUGCUGCUCCGACAACUGCAGCCCCUACAACUGUAGCACCUUCAACUGCUUCUCCGACUACUGUUGCACCUCCCACUGCAGCACUUGCACGUACAACAGCUGCACCGACAACUGCAUCCCCUACCACUGCUGCACCAUCAACUGCUGCUCCAACAACUGCAGCCCCUACAACUGUAGCACCUUCAACUGCUGCUCCAACUACAGCAGCCUCUACAACUGUAGCACCGACAACUGCUGCACCGUCAACUUCUGCUCCGACAACUGCAGUCCCUACAACUGUAGCACCUUCAACUGCUGCUCCGAGUACUGCAGCACCUACCACUGCAGCACCUGCACAGAGUACAGCAGUCCCUACAACUGCUGCACCGAAAACUGCAUCCCCUACCACUGUUGCACAAUCAACUGCUGCUCCAACAACUGCUGCCCCUACAACUGUAGCACCUUCAACUGCUGCUCCGACUACUGCAGCACCUACCACUGCAGCACCUGCACCGACAACUGCAUCCCCUACCACUGCUACACCAUCAACUGCUGCUCCAACAACUGCAGCCCCUACAACUGUAGCACCUUCAACUGCUGCUCCGACUACUGCAGCACCUACCACUGCAGCACCCCCUACAACUGUAGUAACGACAACUGUUGCUCCUACCACUGUGGCACCUUCAACUGCUGCACCAACGACAGCUGCACCUUCAACUGCUGCACCUACAACUGCUGCCCCUACCACUACUGCACCUUCAACUGCCGCUCCGACAACUGUUGCACCUACAACUGCAUCACACACAACUGCCGCACAUACAACGGUAGCACCUACAACUGCUGUACCAACGACAGCUGCACCGACAACAGCUGCACAGACUACUGCAGCACCUUCAACUGCUGCACCUACAACUUUAGCACCUACGACUGCGACACCCACAACUGCCGCACCUACAACGGUAGCUCCUACAACUGUAGCACCGACAACUGCUUCCCCUACCACUGCUGCACCGUCAACUGCUGCUCCAACAACUGCAGCCUCUACAACUGUAGCACCGACAACUAUUGCCCCUACCACUGCGGCACCUUCAACUGCUGCACCAACGACAGCUGCACCUUCAACUGCUGCACCUACAACUGCUGCACUGACAACUGCUGCCCUUACCACUGCUGCACCUUCAACUGCCGCUCCGACAACUGUUGCACCUACAACUGCAUCACACACAACUGCCGCACAUACAACGGUAGCACCUACAACUGCUGUACCAACGACAGCUGCACCUACAACAGCUGCACAGACUACUGCAGCACCUUCAACUGCUGUCCCGACCACUGCUGCACCUUCAACUUCUGUACCGACUACUGCAGCACCUACAACAGCUGCACAGACAACUGCUUCCCCUACCACUUCUGCACCGUCAACUGCUGCUCCAACAACUGCAGCCCCUACAAAUGUAGCACCUACAACUGCUGCACCGACAACUGCAUCCCCUACCACUGCUGCACAAUCAACUGCUGCUCCAACAACUGCUGCCCCUACAUCUGUAGCACCGACAACUGCUUCCCCUACCACUGCUGCACCGUCAACUGCUGCUCCGACAACUGCAGCCCCUACAACUGUAGCACCUUCAACUGCUGCUCCGACUACUGCAGCACCUACCACUGCAGCACCACCUACAACUGCUGCACCAACAACAGUUGCACGUACAACAGCUGCACCGACAACUGCAUCCCCUACCACUGCUGCACCAUCAACUGCUGCUCCAACAACUGCUGCCCCUACAACUGUAGCACCGACAACUGCUUCUCCUACCACUGCUGCACCGUCAACUGCUACUCCGACAACUGCAGCCCCUACAACUGUAGCAUCUUCAACUGCUGCUCCGACUACUGCAGCACCUACCACUGCAGCACCCCCUACAACUGUAGCACCGACAACUGCUGCACCGUCAACUGCUGCUCCAACAACUGCAGCCCCUACAACUGUAGCACCUUCAACUGCUGCUCCGAGUGCUGCAACACCUACCACUGCAGCACCAACUACAACUGCUGCACCAACAACAGCUGCACAGACUACAGCAGUCCCUACAACUGCUGCACCGACAACCGCAUCCCCUACCACUGCUGCACCAUCAACUGCCGCACCAACAACUGCAGCCCCUACAACUGUAGCACAGAAAACUGCCUCCCCUACCACUGCUGCACCGUCAACUGCUGCUCCAACAACUGCAGCCCCUACAACUGUAGCACCGACAACUGUUGCCCCUACCACUGCGGCACCUUCAACUGCUGCACCAACGACAGCUGCACCUUCACCUGCUGCACCUACAACUGCUGCACCGACAACUGCUGCCCAUACCACUGCUGCACCUUCAACUGCCGCUCCGACAACUGUUGCACCUACAACUGCAUCACACACAACUGCCACACAUACAAAGGUAGCACCUACAACUGCUGUACCAACGACAGCUGCACCUACAACAGCUGCACAGACUACUGCAGCACCUUCAACUGCUGUCCCGACUACUGCUGCACCUUCAACUUCUGCUCCGACUACUGCAGCACCUACAACAGCUGCACAGACAACUGCUGCCCCUACCACUGCUGCACCGUCAACAGCUGCACAGACAACUGCUGCCCCUACCACUGCUGUACCAUCAACUGCAGCCCCUACAACUGUAGCACCUUCAACUGCUGCUCCGACUACAGCAGCCCCUACUACUGCUGCACUGACAACAGCAGCCCCUACAACUCACCUACAACUGCUGAACCAACAACAGCUGCACAGACUACAGCAGUCCCUACAACUGCUGCAUCGACAACUGCAUCCCCUACAACUGUAGCACAGACAACGGCCUCCCCUACCACUGCUGCACUGUCAACUGCUGCUCCAACAACUGCAGCCCCUACAACUGUAGCACCGACAACUGUUGCCCCUACAACUGCGGCACCUUCAACUGCUGCACCAACGACAGCUACACCUUCAACUGCUGCACCUACAACUGCUGCACCGACAACUGCUGCCCCUACCACUGCUGCACCUUCAACUGCCGCUCCGACAACUGUUGCACCUACAACUGCAUCACACACAACUGCUGCACAUACAACGGUAGCACCUACAACUGCUGUACCAACGACAGCUGCACCUACAACAGCUGCACAGACUACUGCAGCACCUUCAACUGCUGUCCCGACCACUACUGCACCUUCAACUUCUGCUCCGACUACUACAGGACCUACAACAGCUGCACAGACAACUGUUGCCCCUACCACUGCUGCACCCACCUACGACUGCGUCACCCACAACUGCCGCACCUACAACGGUAGCUCCUACAACUGUAGCAGCAACAACUGCUUCCCCUACCACUUCUGCACCGUCAACUGCUGCUCCAACAACUGCAGCCCAUACAAAUGUAGCACCGACAACUGCUGCCCCUACCACUGCUGCACCGUCAACUGCUGCUCCGACAACUGCAGCCCCUACAACUGUAGCACCUUCAACUGCUGCUCCGACUACAGCAGCCCCUACAACUGUAGCACCGACAACUGCUGCACCUACAACGCACCCACGACUGCGGCACCUACAACAUCUGCACAAACAACUGAUGCUCCCACAACUGCGACACCUACAACGGUAGCACCUACAACUGCUACACCGACAACUGCAUCCCCUACCACUGCUGCACAAUCAACUGCUGCUCCAACAACUGCUGCCCCUACAACUGUAGCACCGACAACUGCUUCCCCUACCACUGCUGCACCCACCUACAACUGCUACACCGACAACUGCUACCCCUACAACGGUAGCACCUACAACUGCUGCAUCUUCAACUGCAGCCCCGACAACUGCUGCCCCUACCACUGCUGCACCAUCAACUGCUGCUCCAACAACUGCUGCCCCUACAACUGUAGCACCGACAACUGCUUCCCCUACCUCUGCUGCAACUUCAACUGCUGCUCCGACAACUGCAGCACCACCAUCAACUGCCGCACCAACAACUGCAGCCCAGACAACUGCCUCCCCUACCACUGCUGCACCGUCAACUGCUGCUCCAACAACUGCAGCCCCUACAACUGUAGCACCGACAACUGUUGCACCUACCACUGCGGCACCUUCAACUGCUGCACCAACAACUGCAGCCCCGACAACUGUAGCACCGACAACUGCUGCCCCUACCACUGCUGCACCUUCAAAUGCCACUCCGACAACUGUUGCACCUACAACUGCGUCACACACAACUGCCACACCUACAACGGUAGCACCUACAACUGCUGCACCAACAACAGCUGCAAAGACUACAGCAGUCCCUACAACUGCUGUACCGACAACUGCAUCCCCUACCACUGCUGCACCAUCAAGUGCCACACCAACAACUGCAGCCCCUACAACUGUAGCACAGACAACUGCCUCCCCUACCACUGCUGCACCAUCAACUGCAGUCCCUACAACUGUAGCACAAACAACUGCUGUCCCGACCACUGCUUUACCUUCAACUGCUGCUCUGACUACUGCAGCCCCUACCACUGCAGCACCUACAACAGUUGGACAAACAACUGUUGCUCCCACAACUGCAGCACCUACGACUGCGGCACCUACAACAGCUGCAGCUACGACCGCUGCUCCUACAACAGCUGCACCUACAACUUCAGCACCUACGACUGCGUCACCCACAACUGCCGCACCUACAACGUCUACAGCAGCCCCUACAACUGCUGCACUGACAACUGUAGCACCAACAACUGCUGUCCCGACCACUGCUGCACCUUCAACUGCUGCUCCGAGUACUGCAGCACCUACCACUGCAGUACCUACAACACCUGCACACACCACUCUUGCUCCCACAACUGCAGCACCUACGACUGUGGCACCUGCAACAGCUGCAGUUACGACUGCUGCUCCUACAACAGCUGCAUCUACAACUUCAGCACCUUCCACUGCAGCACAUACAACUGCCGCUCCAACAACUGCUGCACAUACAACUUCUGCAAUGAUGACUGCUGCAGCUACCACUGCUGCACCUUCAACUGCCACUCCAACAACUGCAGCACCUACAAUAGCUCUACCGACAACAGCUGCACCUACAACAGCUGCACAGACUACAGCAGCCCCUACAACUGCUGCCCCUACAACUGCUGCACCAAUAACAGUCGCUUCAACAACUGCUACACCUACAAUUGCUCCACCAACAGGGGCUGCACCUACAACCAGCACACCUAUGACUGCCCCUCCAACAACUGUUCCACCUACAACCGCAGCACCUUCCACUGCUUCACCUUCUACAACUGCACCCACAGCUACAACCGCCGCACCUGCAACUGCUGUAACUGCAACUGCAGCACCUACAAUGGCUGCACCUACCACUGCAGCACCUACAACUGCUGCUCAAACAACUGCAGCAGCUACAACUGCCCCACCUGCAACUGCUGUAACUGCAACUGCAGCGCCUACAAUGGCUGCACCUACCACAGCAGCACCUACAACUGCUGCUCAAACAACUGCAGCAGCUACAACUGCCGCACCUGCAACUGCUGCAACUGCAACUGCAGCACCUACAACUGCUGUUCCAACAACCGCUGCGCCUACAACUGUUGCACCUACAACUGCCACACCUACGACUGCCAUACUUACAACUGCUGCACCAGCAACGGCUGCAUCUACAACUGCUGCACCUACCACUGCAGCACCUACGACUGCUGCUCCAACGACUGCUGCACUUACGACGGCUGCACCUACGACGGCUGCACCUACAACUGCCGCACCUACAACUGCCGCUCCAACGACUGCCACACCUACAACUGCUGUGAGAGCACCUACGACUGCAGCACUAACAACAGCUGCACCUACAACUGCCGCACCGACAACUGCAGCGCCUACAACUGCCGCUCCAACAACUGCGGCACCCACAACUGCCGCACCCACAACUGCCGCACCCACGACUGCCGCACCUACCACUGCCGCACCUACCACUGCAGCACUAACAACAGCUGCACCUACAACUGCCGCACCGACAACUGCAGCGCCUACCACUGCCGCUCCAACAACUGCGGCGCCUACAACUGCCGCACCCACGACUGCCGCACCUACGACUGCAGCACCUACAACUGCAUGCCGUGCCUACAACUGCCGCACCAACAACAGCUGCACCUACAACUGCUCCGCACCUACGACAGCUGCACCCACGACUGCCGCACCUACGACUGCCGCACCAAUAACAGCUGCACCUACAACCGCUGCACCUACCACUGCCGCACCUACAACCGCUGCACCUACAACUGCCGCACCUACAACUGCUGCACCCACGACACCUGCACCUACAACUGCCGCACCAAUAACAGCUGCACCUACAACCGCUACACCUACCACUGCCAGGCAUUCCCUUCCUCCUUCAGAUCUGUGAAAGUGGUGUCAUUCAGUGAGGGAUCAAUCAUCACCAUCAUGGAUGUUAGCUUUGUGAACACAACUGCUCCUAAUAACACUCAGAUUGGAAGAGUUUUGAUCAACGCAGCUUCAACGGUCACCGGCUUUGACAUUGAAGGCAGCUCCAUCACUGUGAAUGGCACAGCUUCGAAUGAACAGGGCAAGCGUUAG